UAUGAUUAAAUAUGCUGCAUAAUGGUGGAAAAUCAGCGCAGAAGUUAUGAUGAGAAACAACAGUUUAUUAACACAAAUGAUUAUAAAAUACAUUAUCAGUCAUUGCUGAUGACUUUAAAUGAAAACUCAGUACUUGCAACUUUCAGAUUUUGUAAACUGUUCAACCAUUUAUUUUUAAUUUGCAUUGCUGUGGGUACUUUUUCUGAGGCCAUCUAAUGAGACAUUACUAGUUGGCAACCUCCGAUCUCCAAUGACCUUUCUAGUGUUAUACUUAAAUCGGGCGAAGAAGGUUUCCAGACACACGUGUAACUCCAGACAAAAUGCCACACAGAUGUUCUGUUCCCCUUUGUAAAGGGAAUUACAAUAAUGGGCCCAAGGUUCAUGUUUUCAGCUUUCCCAAAGAAGAGAAUCUCUGCAGCAUCUGGUUGAGAGCCAUAAAAAGGGAUAGCUUCACACCAACUUCUCACUCAAAGGCACUUCCAUUUGUCCAAAAGGUAUGUGAACUGCACUUUCGUCCGGAGGACAUCGAGUGGGAGACUUCGUUGUUUAAUGAAGAAACUGGGACCAGAUUAACUGCCAAGUUGAAAAGGCCACGACUUCGUGAGGGGGCAAUUCCAAUGAAGAUACCAAACGCUCCUGCUUAUCUGUCAACUGACGUUACAUCUCGAGAGUCCCCAAUUGCUAGAAGGAAGAGAAAGGAAGAGGCAGCAAUCCAGGCUGCAGUUGCAAAAGACAUUGGAGACAAGUUGGAGUACCAGCUCCAAAACAACUUUACAAAUUUGGAUGAACUGGAGACAAAGCUAGGUUUUCUCGACUCUUUUUGGUCAGUAAAAAGGAGAGAAGGGUCCCUGCAAAUAUACAGCAUUUCAGAAUACCCACAUACUAAAAUACAAUCUUCCCUUAUUAUUGACACAGGAUGUGCAGUUAAAGCAUUUAUAAAUAGUGUUGAAGUGCAUAGCUUAGUAGAGUACAAGAUUCCUGCAGUUAUCAAUGAUAUAAAAUCUCUCGAAGAACUUUUACGCCACCUUAAAAACACUGAUUUACAGGAGCAAGCAACUGAUCCAUCUAGAGUCAUUUUUUUGCUACAGUUUGCUAUUACUGUGUUGUCACUUUUGAAGAAUGAGUCAUACAAGUUUUUCAGUACAGUAACAAUGAUAUGUGAACAACUUCACUUGAUGACUCUGAAAAGACCUGAGUAUUCACCAGACUUUCUGAUAUUUUCGUCCCUCCUAUAUAACUGUUCCCCCAAAGGAUAUAACUUUUUGAGGAGUACUAAUUAUAUGAUGUUACCUUGUUAUUCUACUGUAAGGAGACUGACUAUAUCACAAAAUUUAAGUCCUGCAGUUGAACAAAAUGCUAGAACUUUUCUUUUGUAUGUCAAGAAUAAAUUCAAAUAUCUCUCAAAAAGUGACAUAACAGUGACCUUGAUGAUCGAUGAAAUUCAUAUUAAGCCUUAUUAUGACUACAAAGGUGGUAGUAUCGUUGGAUCAGCUUACGACAGAACUGAGGCAGCUACUAGCGCAUUUGUGUUCAUGAUAAAUAGUUUGUUUUCUGGAUUUAAAGAUGUCGUUCACAUUUUGCCAGCAAAAUCUAUGACAGCAGGAAAUUUGUUUACUUUCAUAAAGCAGAUAAUCAUUGGUUUGGAAAAUAUUGGCUUCAGAGUAAUUUGUGUAUUAACAGACAAUAAUGCCAUAAAUCAGAAAGCUAUGUCACACUUCUCUUUACCACCGAAACCUUCAGUUAUGUAUGAACACCCUGCAGAUAACUCCCGCCCUCUUUUUUUCAUGUUUGACUCUGUGCAUUUGCUGAAGUGCAUCAGAAAUAACUGGAUCAAUCAAAGAGAUGCUGAUAAAAACAUGAUUUUUCCUGAGUUUCCCUUUGACAGUACAUUCCACACUGCACCCAAAAUAUGUAAUGCUCCAUUUGCCACUUUGCAUAAAUUACACAAUUUAGAAGCCGAUUCUCUCCUCAGAUAUGCAUACAAACUUACAUCAAAGGCAUUAAAUCCAUCGAGUCUAGAAAGGCAAAACGUCAGCCUUGCCCUACAAAUUUUCAAUGAAUAUGUCAUAGAAGCACUUUUGACAACGGGAAAAGAACACUGUUUGCCAAAUUCUGUUGAUGCAGCUAAUUAUAUUAAAGUCAUUUAUCUCUGGUGGACCAUAAUGAAUGUAAAACAUCCACAUAAAGGUACUCGGCUUCACAAUAAAUAUGCAACUCCACUAACAUAUAAUGUAAAUGACGAGAAGUACAUUUUCCUACAGAAAUUCCAUUCCUGGUUAGAUCUCUGGAAUAAUAUGACUAAAACUGGUGGAAAGUUGAGUAGGGAAACAUUCACUGCCUUAAAACACACAACUAAUGCAAUGAUAGAAAUAACAAAAUACUGUGUAGAAAAAUUAAAAAUGAAAUAUGUCUUACCAGGAAAAUUUCAAACCGAUCAACUUGAAAAUAGAUUUGGUAAAUAA